AUGGCAGACGCAAAACCAACCAAACCAAGUCCCACUGAGGACCCAGCCGACAGAGGCGAAGAACCGCUGCCUUCCUACGGCGACUCGACGCCAGGCCCCUCGUCUCGCCCAUCAGCCACCCCGUCUCAGCAACCUGCGGGGCCAACACCAGAGAACCCCUUCAACUUCCCGCCAAGCGAGGAUCUCCCAUCAUACGCAGAAAUGUCACCAUCCAGCAAGCCCGUGGCCGUCCCGCAGUCGCGUCCGGACGCGGCAGCCGCCUUCAUAACAGCUUACGCACCGGCCCUGCUCGCCCGCGGCGUCACGCCAGAAACGUGGCACGCCUUCGUCACCACCGUCUCCGCCUUCCUGACCGCCACCGUCUCCGCCAAGGCCCUCGCCCACGCAGGCGACGUAGCGCGGCACCUAGGCUCGACGCCCGCCUCGUUCGGCAAGAGCGUCGCGAGGAGCGCGAGGUCCGUGGGCAGCCACAUCCGCGACGAGGCCAAGCGCGGGCACGUCGUCGGCGCAGCCUUUGGCGUCGUGGGCGGCGCGAUCUCGCUGACGCUCGGCACCGUGUUGGGGGCUGUCGGCGCUGCCACGGCGAUGCCGAUUACGGCGAUAGGGGCUGUUGCGAAGAAGCCCAAGACGCCGAGGGAACGGGCGGCGGCAUAUGUGGCUGUUGCGAACAAGGACUGGCUGAAUGCGAGAGGGCUGAGUGCGUCGAUUCUGGAAACGCAGGAAUUGUGUCACGUCGCUGGGAUCGCAGACUCCCGAGCGCUGCUUGAGGAAGCUGGGCAGGGCAAGGAUGAUAACGCGGCUGGUAAGCUCCAGAGGCUGGGAAGAUAUUUCUGUGAGUUGAAGGUUGGCCAGACAGAGACGUUGGAAUUGGGUGCGAAGACGCUUUGGUUGGUAGUGAAUCAGCUGCCUUCGUGA